ACUUAUACAGCUCUUUACUGUCUACAAACUGCUUUCACAUUCGUAUCACUUUCAACAUUGAACAAAAGGAAGGGACAGUAAUACUUAGAUGAGAACAAAACAGAAACUCUUGGAAGAAAGGAACAUGACUCAAGGAGGGAAAUUCCUGUGCCAUAAGAGGAUUGUGUACAGAAUGCUUUAUAUAUAUCAAUUAAGAAUUUUCUUCCAUGCUCAGCAUUCCUACUCCCUCCAAGAAGAGUCUCAAAGUCCAAGCAGCAGCAACAGACAAACAUGAGUCUGAAGAGCAUGGUUAUAGUCUUGGCUGUGAUACUCUGUGCUACAACUGUGAAAGGUAUAUGGUACUUUUUUAUCACCCUGAAAGCACAUAAGGGACAAAGAUGCCUAAAUUCCAAGUCAAAGCAAGCAAAUGUUAUAAUCAAGAAAGUUGAAAGAAUGAAUUUUUUGAAAUAUCAGAACAUAUGAAGUCCUAGGAAAGAGGAUUUGAAAACCUAGAACAACUGUAACUGUGACUACUGAAAUGAUGGGAGUUCUUAAUAGGAAACCGAUUUUCUGCUGCCUGUUGCAAUGUACACUCAUGCAUUUCAAGGUUUAGGAAACUUUCUAGGAGGUUUUAUGCUUAUAACUAUUCUGCUGUGGCUAUAAAAACAUCUCUGUCUCUAAAAGUUAUGUCUGUACUUGAUCUAUAUAUUUCAUGUUACACUAUAACAUUAUUACUGGAGUCAAGACCAUGGCUUGUAAGUCAAAAGCACCCAUGUGUGUAAUAAACAUUCCUGAAGUAAUUUUUUAUUCAAAUCCACAUUUCUUUCCCCCCAAAUUAUAUAUGCAUAUAAAUGGAAAAAGUUUUUAUAUAUCACCUUGUUUUAUUUUUUUUUAAUCUGUAAUUCAUGAAAUAUACUAUGAAGAUAAUUAUAAGGUAAGGGUAACUCGUAACAGUGCGAAUAUUUUAUAACUGAAUUAGUAGCUCUGAUCUUGGUUUUUUUUUUUUUAACAACUUGGCUUUUUUUUCAUUGAGAUGUUUUGAAGCAAUUAGGAUAUAUGUGUUUACCAUGAAUUUUGGUUUAUCUAUUCUUAUAAAUUAUAGCAAUAUUUUGGACAUAUUUUAAAUAUG